AUGCGUUCUGCCAGCUCUUACAUCCUCUCCGCCGCCGCUGCCCUUACGGCCGUUGUCUCGGCCCAGAGCAGCACCACAACCAUCCAGAUCUUCGGUGCGGGCCCGACACAAGUGCCUUUGAAUGGGGUGGAUGCCAGCGUGGUGGAUGCAAAUGCGGCCGCCACGACGUUGGCCCUGGAGUGCACAGAUGAGCAGCUGUGUGCGCUCAAAUCGCCCGUGACAGUGACCGAGGGCCCAUCCACCUAUACCCUGAGUGCUGUCUUCUCGACCCAGACCGACGGCGUGGACGCCGAGAUGACGCUGAUGCAGAACUGCCACAUCACGUCCUCGACCCAGGGCGCCUCCUGCUCCGUCUCUCUCGGCAUCGAGAUUAGCGGUGAUGGCAUCUCAACAUCGACGAACACGGCCACCGCCACCUCCUUCGCGUCCGACGAGAUCUACUACCGCCCGCUGACUGUCACCGCCGGCGUCGACAAGCUCAAUCGGCCCCAGGCGACCCAGACGCCGCAUGGGGCAGCUGCUGGCCGCAUGGGCAUGGGCGGUGCUGGUGCUGGUGCUGCUGCUGCCGUCGCGGCGGCUGCUGCUAUGGGCAUCGCUGUGCCUGGUAGUGACGCGAUCAUGCCUGAAGGUGUGAGGGUUAGCCAAAGACCACUAUGGCUAGUUUUUGCAGCCCUAGUCAGCCCAUCACUCGUCCAUAAAUGA